GUGCGUGCGACUGCGUGCAGUGCGUGUGACGACAGUGUGGCCAAGUGUGACGACAACAAGGAUAGACGCACGGCUUCGUUCGCGAGGGUGAGUUACGUGCGUUACGUGCAUACGGGUACCAGGUAUACACAGGUUACGAGGUACGGCACUCAAUCGCCGCAUGGCUCGUGCCGGUGAGAGGGGAUUAGUUACGCGCCCGUCGAUCUAUCGUCCCGCGGAGCGACUCGUCACUUGCGACGGCUCGGUAUUACCCACGUGAACGUGUCACGAUCAUCAUGCGAUGACGGUUUUCAACUACCUUUGUAGAACUGCAAAAACGCUGCAGCUUUUACAAUCUCCUUCUGCUAAUGUACACAGAAAUCUGCGCUUUUUCUUGCGAAAUGAAUCUAGUUUUGUACCUGAGAAAGUACUUGUCGUGGCAAAGUUGUCUCGAUACCAUUUUGAAAGAUUGCGGGAACCCGAGCUCAAUGAAGCUGAUCUGAAAUUGAAGCUAUUGGAAAGAGGUUCGGAUUAUGAUGCCAUGAUUGCUAGUCACUUAGCCAACAAGUCUGUGGAAAAUCAAAUCGUCCAGGUAUUGCGAAAGUUGAAUAUGGAGUAUAGGAUAAUAGAUAGAACGUGUUUAAAUCAAUCACUUUUUACAUGGGCGGACUUAGUACUGCCGAUCGGUGGUGAUGGAACGUUUCUUUUAGCCUCAAAUUUAAUAUUUAACGAUAAAAAACCUAUAAUGGGCAUUAAUUCGCAUCCUGAGAAGUCCGAAGGCUAUCUCCUGUUAUCGGCAAAGUAUACAAAUAACAUACCAGAAAUUUUCGAAAUGCUAAGAGCAGGACACUAUAAUAUACUCAUGCGGAGACGAAUUCGAAUCACUUUGAAGGGAGAAGAAAUAUGGCAAUCUCCUUUUCAUAUGCAUGAGAAAGGACGCAUCGUUGGCGAUAGAUUUUAUAUAAAUGAAGAGUUCAAAAACAAGCAUAACAAAUUACCAAAAGAAAGGCGACUGCCUUGGUUGGCGCUUAAUGAAGUUUUCAUGGGCGAAACGUUAUCGGCACGGACGAGUUCCUUACUUAUAAAGUUCGAUGAGGAGCAAAAGUAUCAGAAAAUAAAGGGUUCUGGUUUGUGUGUGAGCACUGGGACAGGGUCAACGUCUUGGUACAAAUCUAUACAUAGUGUGAAUCACCAAAUCGUGCGAGAAAUAUUGAGUCUGGUAGAUACCAAACGGAAAUUUACCAAUGAGGAAAUUGAUAUGAUUUGUUCGUCAUUCAAUAGCAGCUUACGAUUUGAUGCAGAGGAUUCCAAAUUGUGUUAUUCCAUAAGAGAUAUGAUAAUGAACAACGCAGUACCCGUUCCGAAAGAUAUGCACACUCGAGGUUUCUGUAAAAAAGUCACUGUGAAAUCGCAAUGCAUAGAUGCAGGUUUGGUUCUGGAUGGUGGAAUAGCGGUCCCCUUUAACUUUGGUACUAUCGCAGAAAUAGAAAGCUUCCUCGAGGAUUCUUUGCGAACUAUUACUCUUGAUUGAAUUAAUGGCUUUUGACGAAUUAGGAUAUUCAGUAACAUUUUUUGUAACUUUUUGUAACAUCAAUACGAAAGCUUAUUAUUGUGUAAAUAAUUCCCACAUUUUUUUAUUAAAAUUUAAUAGUUUUUAGAAACAAAUAUUUAGAAUAUAAUAUGUAACACUCAAACAGAUUUGCAGAAACUAUUGAAGUACUGAAAUAUCUAAUUUGUUAAAUUUGAGCACCAACAGGACUUUAGAAAUAAAAAAAAGCAAGCUACUUAAUUGAAAAAAAUUUGUGAAUUCUAAAGCAUCAUAAUUCUAUGUAUUUUAAGGCUAAAUCUAUUGAUAUCGUUCAUUUGCUACAACAUAACGUUUUUUUAGUUUGCCAAAAAAAAAAGAUUUCUGAUGAGAAUUCAAUACAUUGAGUAAAGAACUAAAAUUCAAAACAUACAAACUGAAAAACUUUGUUUUUUGGAGUUAUCAUGUGUGUAGUAAAAGCGAUAUGUAUAUAUAGAAGAUUUAGUGAAUUAAAUAUAUUACAUAUUAUAAGCUAGCAUAUAUAUGUAUAUAAAUACUAAAAUAUUGUAAACCAAAACAGAUUAGAUUAUUACUACUUUUUUAUACACAUUUAGAAUAUUUAGCUUAUAAAGAUACAAAUGAUUAUAGAAUUUUUAUAUAUAUCAAUGUA